CCUCAAGCAUGUGUGGAGGUCUAAAACAGAAACUAUCCGUUUUCUCAUUACUAGAUUUUCUCUAUUGCGAUAUAAUAUCGUCACAGUCCGCUUCAACCUCCUAUCCUAUCCCUCUAACCAACGAACGCCGGAAUAAUCACCCUGUACCAGCUCAUUUCCAGCACCAUUAGUGAGCCCACACUGGAAUUUUAUUCCACAAAAUAAAAGUCGCAACUUUGCGGCACCUGAGCGAUUUUGAGCCCGGAGAAGAAAGGAUAGAAGGGUGGGGGACACAAUGUGGAGAGUUCUGUCUCUCUUGGUUGCUGUGUCUUUUGUUCCACUCGAGACAGUAGAGGCCUUAAUACUUCAGCGAAGAGAAGUGCCCGCUGUUGUGACCCUAGAUAUCAAACGCAACGAUGUGUCAGAUCCUGUAAUGAGGGACCGCGCAAGACGCAAGCGAGAUACAACCACUGUUUCUCAGGCCCUGGAUAAUGAGGAAACGCUCUAUUUCUGUAAUAUAACCCUUGGAACGCCGGAACAGAGCCUACGACUGGUUUUGGACACUGGGAGCAGUGACCUUUGGUGCAACGCGGCGAAUUCUACGCUUUGCUCCUCGUCGACAGAUCCGUGCAGUACAUCCGGCACUUACGAUUCUGACAAGUCUACAACGUACACAUAUGUCUCGUCUGACUUCAAUAUAUCCUAUGCGGAUGGAACCGGUGCGGCUGGUGUUUACGCAACCGAUACUCUCCAUAUAGGUGGUUCGACGUUGGAAGAUUUCCAAUUUGGUAUCGGGUAUUCAUCAAGUUCCUCCGAGGGUGUUUUGGGCAUCGGCUAUACUUCGAAUGAGGUCCAAGUCGGCCGCUUCGGUGAUAGCGCCUAUCCUAACCUUCCUAGGGCAAUGGUGAAAAAUGGACUGAUAAAGUCCAAUGCCUACAGCCUAUGGUUGAACGAUCUAGAUGCCAAUACGGGUUCCAUUCUUUUUGGAGGCGUAAAUACGAAGAAAUAUCACGGUGAACUACAAACCCUUCCAAUUCAGAAGGUUAAUGGCAUCUAUUCCGAAUUCAUAAUCGCUCUUACUGGAGUCGGCUUCACUUCGGGAUCAAGCAGUCGCAAUUACUCGUCAGAUGCCCUUCCGGCUGCCGUUUUGCUUGAUUCUGGUAGUUCCCUUACAUAUCUUCCAGAUUCCAUCGUCGAAGACAUCUAUAAUGAUUUCAGUGUUGUGUACGAACAAUCUUCUGGUGUUGGCUAUGUGCCUUGCAGUCUGGCACAAAACAACACUAAUAUCACCUACACUUUCUCAUCGCCUACUAUUGCUGUUGGGGUAAACGAGCUUGUUCUCGACGUGGGCGAUCUCUUAUUUCAGGACGGAGAACGCGCUUGUGUCUUCGGAAUUGUCCCCGCUGGUGAUAGUACCGCUGUCUUGGGGGACACCUUUUUACGCAGUGCGUACGUUGUCUACGACCUAGCGAACAAUGAGAUUUCCCUCGCCAACACUAACUUUGAUGCGACGGGAAACGACAUCUUGGAAAUUGGAACAGGGGAAGACUCUGUGCCCGGUGCUACUAAAGUCGCUAAUCCUGUCACGACGGUGGCAGUUGAUGGCUCUGGUGCAAGGAUUGGUGGCCCGACUGGUGCAACUUUCACUAGCAUUCCAUCCGCAACGAGUGGAGGCCAUGCUACAGCAGGGUUGAUGGGUGCUACAAAACUUAUAGCUUUUGCUGCUGCUGUGAUUGGGUACAUGCUGACUUUCUAACCUUCCUUGAUGCACAUUCACUUGGAGGUGACUUACUGAACAUCUCCUCUUUGUAUGCUGGCUUGCCCUUCUGUACAUGCGCUAGUGGCCUUGCCUACUCGGUAUGCUUUUAACUCGCGAUACCCAUGGCUUUUGAUUUCAGACGCUUAUUUUCUGUGUUCCUGGUGGGACACUUUAUCAUAUUGUGAAACAUAUUGUACGGUCUCGGAAGGAUCCGAAUAUAUAUUAUGAUUAUGAGUAUGGAUCGCGAAUUCGAUGAUUAAAAC